UGCAGAUUAGUGCAGUUUGAAAUGCCCCACACGGCUCAGGGCAGGGGUGAGAUGAGGAGUUUUGUGCUUGCAGUUUCUAUUUCUUUUUCAAACGUCAGGGAACAAAGCUGCGAGUGCCGCAGUGGUUUGAUGUGGGGAAGCUCAUUCCUGUCACCCCCACCGAGGCGAGGGCCUCCCUAUGUUCUCCAAAACCCCUCAAACUGUGGGGCUAGGACUCACCAGAGCUGUUUGGGGUGCUGGUGACCAACCCUCUGACAGUCGAGAGCUGUGUUGGAGUAGGAAGGCAAUAAUAAUAUGGCAAUUCUUACAUUUUUUAUAAAAGUAAUAUUUCAAAUUAAUCUGGCAAACAUCACCCCAGAAGCUCAGAGCUGUGUCCAGCAUCCUUCCAGGGCUGGCAGUUAGUGUGUGUGUAUGGCUGUGGUGGUGGURGGCUUUUUUUCRAAACAGCAAAUUUAAGGUUUUUGGRUUUUGUUUGUAWUUCUUUCAACAAGUAUCUUUUCAGAUACUGCCAAAUUUAUAGGUUAAUUUAAAAAGCAAAAGCUGGAUUAGCACCACUUCAAGCUGAGCUCUGAAAUGAGUUCUGUGGAGGAAUGUCCCCCAUUAACUGUGAACCUGUUCGAUGCCAGCCAGGCUGUGAUUGCAUUUUUGGGGUGCAUUAACUCCAUAGAGUGAUAGGAGCCAUCUGCUUCUUCCCCCAGACUGGGGGAGCACCCCAACUUCAGGGUUUGGCCACUGCCUCUCUGAGCAAGGGUGGCUGGGAUGGGGAUGAGGAGGAACCUGUAAGAGGGACUUGAGUUUUGGGCCAGGCUGGGGAGCAGCAGGGCACUGCUGAGCACCUGCCAGGRGCAAAUCCUGGCCUAAGGGGGAGAGGCAGCAGCUAUUCCCUGUCAGAAAUAUCUCAGUCCCCCUUUGSUGAAGGCAGCAGACACUGCCCAAGYCCCUGAACUCUGCUCAGAGUCCUCCCAAGCAUCUGACAGGAGCUCUGUGAGGGCAGCAGGGAUUUGGGGUGGAUGUAACCCAGAGGAGUGAAGUCCCCCCUGUGCAGGAACCACCCCCAUGUCCAGGCAUCCCCUGCCCACAAGCCCCUUCCCUGUGUGUGCAGCGUCUUGGGAAUUUGCACACCCCACCCCGCAUCCCCUUUUUAGAACCCCCCAAUUCUCACUUCAGCAAGUUCUUUGCUGAUUUGGGGUUCCCUGUGCCAGCCCCUUGGCUUCAGUGCAGGGCUGGGUCCUCCCUGGUGGAUUUUUCCUCUGCUGGGGAGAGUGGCUGGAAAAAGGGCCCGAUCCAUCACUGUCCAGGUUCUAAAUUUAGCYGGGUACCAAGAAGGCAGGGGCUGUACCAGGAACUGGGGGGGGCCCUGCUUGCCUUUUGCUCUCUCUGCCAUAAUGGGGUGUGAAGGGGAAGGGGAUCAGGAAACUGGGUGAAAGGGGGUCCUGUGGGGCCAGGUGGGACCCCACAACCCUGCCCACCCACUGCCCAGGCUGUGCUGCUCCCCAAACCUGCCUCCUCCGUGGGCUUUGAGCCUCCUGGGUGUUCCAAAAUCUCCUUCCCAGAUUUACUAGAACCUCUCCCCAGGCAGCCCCCGCCACGCAGACCCUUGGGGGCCACACUGUCCCUUGGAUCCGGGAGGGUGCCAGGCGUGGGGUGCGGGCAAGAUCCUCAGCUGUGGGUCUGGCUGUCAUGGGUGGGUUGGGAACCCCCAGAAACCCCCGUGGCCGAGCUGACCCCCCGUUUCUCCUGUGCCCCACAGAUGUGCACCCCCAGCAACACGCCGGCCACGCCGCCCAACUUCCCGGACGCGCUGGCCAUGUUCUCCAAGCUGCGCACCUCGGAGAGCCUGCAGAGCAGCAACAGCCCCAUCACCUCCAUGGCCUGCUCCCCCCCGGGCAGCUUCAGCCCCUUCUGGGCCUCCUCGCCCCCCAGCCACCAGCCCKCCUGGCUGCCCCCGUCCUCGCCCACCACCCACGGCCUCCACCACCACCUGCACCACCCGCAGCCCUCCUGGCCGCCCACCCCCCCGCCCGCUGCCCCCCCACAGAAAGCCGUGGCCACCAUGGAUGGUCAGAGAUAAGGCUGGGGCUAGUGGAGGGCUUGGGGGGGUCAAGGGGCCGGGCCGGGGCGUUGGGAGCAGGGGCUCGCCAAGAAACGCACUGGAAUAAUUUUCUAGGUUUUAUUAUUAUUUUUAGGGGUGGGGGGAGCACAUGCUGCCAGGGAGGGUGCUGACCCGUGAGAGCCUCUGGCUGUUCUUUUCUCCCCUCCCCCUUUUUUUAAAAAUAUAUAACUAUAAUAUAUAAAUAUAUCUAAUGUAUAUAAAUCCAGAGAGAAGGGCAGCAACGUGUAGGCAGCUUCUGGGUGUCUGGGGGGGUUUCCCUWUGGCUCUGCCCCCACCCAGCACCCCUACAUCAGGGCGGGAGAGGGAAGGGGAGGACAGGAAUAACAAGAAUAAAUGGAUGGAGGUGGCUGUUGGCACCCCAGAUCAUGGCCACGGGGGGGGACAUGGAGCCACUGGACACCCUCCCCAGCUCUGGCUUYCCCGGACACUCGCUGCAGUGCCCAGAGCAAAUGCAGCUCUCUGGCUCCUGAAAUUCAGCCCGGCUUCUUGCACAGACCCCGCCCUGGACUCGCCCCCAACCCCAUCCUCCCUCCCUCGGCACCCCCAGGGCGUGGGGGUUUAUCAAGGUGAUGUCUCCCUGUCCCUGUGACCGCCCUACGUGGCGCUUCCCCAGGCAGGGGGGAGCUGGGGUUUUUUUAGUUUUCAAAUCAAUGUUGCUUAAAAAAAAAACAAAACAGAAAAACAAACCAAAAAAAAAAAAAAAAAGGAGAAAAAAAGAUCCAGCAAAAAACAGGUUGAAGGUUUUUUAUUAAUUUAAAAAUAAUAAAAAUUAAAAAAAAAAUCACUUUUUUAACA